CCGUAUCCGAGUGAGUCACAAUCUGCGUCUGUACGCCACCACAUCACGACUAAUAAACGCCGCAUAGAUUUCAGUACCGUCACGAAAUCACAUUGCACGUAACCAAAUUCCAAUUAAUAGUCAAACCUUUUUAUUUUCUUUUACCAAAAAGCUUGGAAAUCCUUCUCCAUUCCACGCUUUUCCUUUUCCCUAAAUUGAACAAAUCCAAAAGGAAAAGCGGAUACAAGGAAACUAGACAAAAAAAAAAAAAACAAUUUGUUUUUAACAGAGUUUCCAGGGUAUGGAUGGAAAAGCUUGGUUAAAGGUGGCUAUUUUCCUAUGCUUAAUUGCCUUUUCAAUUGGUAGAGACCUCAAAGUGAAGGCCAAGAACAAGCAUCAUGCAGCUAUCUACAAUCACACCCUUGCCACCAUAUUAGUGGAAUAUGCUUCAGCUGUCUAUGUGUCAGAUUUGACAGAGUUAUUUACUUGGACAUGCUCAAGAUGUAAUGAUUUAACUAAGGGAUUUCAAAUUACUGAGCUCAUUGUUGAUGUGCAACGAUGUCUCCAGGCAUUUGUCGGUGUGGCACAGGAUCUUAAUGCCAUUGUUAUUGCAUUCAGAGGCACUCAGGAAAGCAGCCUACAGAAUUGGAUUGAAGAUCUAUACUGGAAGCAGCAUGAUAUAUCUUAUCCGGGAAUGGAAGAUGCAAUGGUGCAUCAUGGAUUUUAUUCUGCUUACCACAACACGUCAUUGCGCCCAGGAGUUUUAAGUGCUGUUCAAAGAGCGAAAGAGUUGUAUGGAGAUAUUCAAAUUAUAGUGACCGGGCACUCAAUGGGAGGGGCUAUGGCUGCUUUCUGUGGCCUGGAUCUCGCCGUGCAUCUUGGAUGCCAGAAUAUUUCGGUUAUGACAUUUGGACAACCACGAAUGGGCAAUGCUGCAUUUGCAUCCUACUACCAUGAACGGGUCCCCAAUACAAUUCGUGUUACAAAUGGUCAUGAUAUGGUGCCUCAUUUGCCCCCUCACUAUCGCUACUUCCCUCACAAAGGUUAUCGUCAUUUCCCUAGAGAGGUCUGGCUUUAUGAUAUUGGCUUUGGAAGUUUAGUUUAUACAGUUGAAAAGGUCUGCGAUAAUUCUGGGGAGGAUCCUUCUUGCAGCAGGUCGGUGAGUGGCAACAGUAUUAAGGAUCAUUUAAGAUAUUAUGGUGUAAAAAUGUCAUGUGAUAUAUCAGCCGGAUGCAGAAUUGUGAUGAGUAAUGGUCUAGCGGCCUAUCGCACAGCAGACAGCAACGGAAAUGUCAUCUUCUCCAGAAAUAUAUCUUCUUCUGUUUUGAGAAUGAAUGUGGAGUCUAGUGAGGAAGGGAGAUCGUUAUAGAUAUUCAUUGGGAUUGCCAUUUGGCUCUAAUUUGGGAGAGCUGAAGCAGAAGCAGAGUUUCCUUUGAAGGCUUAAAGAGGAAAUUGUAUAGCUAGUCAAAUCAUUCAGUUCUGUCCUUUGCAUGGAAGGACGUCAUGCAUAUAGUUCCUUUUCUUUAACUUAUUUUUUAAUCUUUUUUUUUAACAUCUCAUACAUGUAAAUAAAAGAUAUUUAACUAUUACUUGUCAUAAAUGAUUAAUAUUCUGUUAAUUCCUAGAAGUAGCUACGUAUCCCUUAGAAAAUGACAAAAUUGGAUUUCCAAUCACUAGCAGUUGUGUUAUGGACGAA